CAGAAGUUCCAGCUGGUCUAUCUGUGCUUUGCCGUCUUUGUUGUUGCCACAUCUGCAGCUUCUGUGUGUAAAUGUGAAGACAAAAAGGUACACUUUUAAGUUGUUCUGUUCAAUAUGGGUACUUAUAAACAAGUGGUGCUUUAGGAUACAUUAUUAAACCGUCUUAAAGUUUAAAUUGGUCACUCCACUUUUCUACAGGUUAUUUUGUUCAACUUCUCUAUAAUUAGCGAAGGCAUUUUAUUAGCUUUUAGCAAUUAGCUUUUAGCGAAAUACCUUGACACUUUAAUAAAGUUUAUGUUUAAAGUUUGUAUGAAUGCUAAGCGAUGUCUCUUUCACUUUGCAGCAAAGUGUGUCCAAGUACAAGUUCAAAAUAAAGGAUGGAGAUAAAGAGAUUGAAGAAGACGUUGAAAUUGACACUGAGAAACAAACAGAAACCUAUCGCAUUCCAAAGACAGAUUCUGGGAACGCGGGAGAAGUUGAUAUCGUUUACGAUUUCAAAAAGGUAAUUAAAGAUACUUUAGUAAGACAGGGGCAAAGUGGGUGUGGCAGCAUUACUUACUUGGACUGUUCGCGAUGAACUUAUAAUGACUUUUAAAAUUAAACGUUUUCUAGCUCCUGUCGGUGAAUUACUCACUGGAUUAUUCUUUCUGUUCGUAUUUUUCUCCGUUAUCCCAAGACGUCGAUUUGAGUUAUGAUAUCGUAACAAAAUUGACUAUGUUUCUCUUUCUUGCAGAACUUGACCAUGCAACGAAUCUCUGCUGCAAAAGCCUGUUUUCUGAGUGAAUUUGAUGAAAGUAUUCCCAAGCCCAGUGACCUCGUCAAGUUACUUGACCAGGUAUUUCAAGUGAGAUUAACAGUUACAUUUCCACAGUGUUUCAGUAGGAGAUAGAACUAAAUUUAUUGUUUUAUUUUACUAUUAUCGUUUGGAAAUUGCAAAAAAACCUUUUCAGUAGCCGGUUACUGUACACGCUUAACGAGCCAAGCAAUGGAGCUCAGCCAUAUUUGUGAUAAACGUAUUGGAUAUGACGGAAAAUCAUGUUAAGGUGCUCUUGGGUUUCCUACUCCCUCUCCAUCUAAGGCUUUGUUUAUGAGUUAUUAAGCUGUUAGUGUUUUUCUAAAACAAAGGCCUUUUAGUAAGCGGGUAAUUUAGUUUAAACUUGAAAACGUGCACAGAAUAUAAUUACAGUUGCAGAACUUUCGUUUAGUUUAUGCAUCAUACUUCUUCAGUUCGACAUCAAGAUUACUUAAUCAUGGCACUUAAGGUAUUAUGUUACUCUUUACAGAAAAGCUCUGCAUCGCCAACAUUGAAAAAUGAGACGAAAGUUGAUUACGAAGUCGUUUCGACGGUCACUGACCGCUCGGACCUGAGUGAUGAAAUGGCUUCGUUGUGUGCCAAGCUGCCCAUCUAUCGCGUCAAAAAGGCAACGCCUUUGUCGGUAAUGGUUAAACGUAAGUGUUGGAAGUUAUUAGCGUAUUAUGAAGUCAAAUAA